AUGUUCGGCUUUAUGUCGAAGCCUAAGACGCCAGCGGAAAUAGUGCGAGCGCUCGCGGAUGGGCUUCAGUCGCUGCCACGAGAUGAUAAGAGUGCAGAGGAGGUACUGAAAUCCCUCGUGACAGUGCGAGUGCUGCUGAUAGGCGAUUUGGACGCGCCGCCCAACAAAGAGGCUGUAGCGGCGGCUGUAGCGGAGUCGGUCGAGUGUGACCUGCUGCCUCUGCUGGUGUCGCGUCUGCCUGUCUUUGACUGGGAGGCUCGCAAGGAGAUGGUGCUGGUGUGGACGUACCUCCUUGCACACGGGGGGAAGAGACGGCGACCAAAAGGAGAUGAUGACGAGGAUGAGGAGGAGGAGGAGGAGGAGGAGGAGGAGGAGGAGGAGGGAGGGGAGGGGUUCUACAAGCAGAAGGACAUUGCUCAGAAUUCCGGUCUCAUGCUGAGAGAAUGCCUGCGCUCGCCCAAACUCGUCAGCCACACGCUGCAGUUUUCGAAUCUAGACAUCAUCAUGGGCGGCUGUGACCUGCAGAACUUUGACACUGCCUCCGACGCCUUCCUCACCCUCAAGGACCUGCUGAAGCAACAUCCGUCUGUGGCAGCAGAAUUCUUAAUGACCAACUUCGAGGAUUUCUUCAAGCGCUUUGAUCUGCUCCUCAACUCGGACAACUAUGUCACGAGAAGACAAGCUAUCAAGCUGCUAGGCGAGCUUCUUCUGGACCGAGCCAACAUGCAAGUGAUGAUGCGAUACAUUGGAGAGGCACACAACUUCAAGAUCAUGAUGACUCUCAUCAAGGACCCCAGCAGAGCCAUUCAAUACGAGGCCUUCCACGUGUUUAAGAUCUUUGUGGCGAAUCCACGGAAGCCAGAGAAGAUUGUGAAGCUGCUGGCGCGCAACAAGGACAAGAUGGUCAAAUUCCUCAAGGACUUUGAGAUCGACAAAGAGGAGGAAGAUUUUGAGGAGGAAAAGGAGAUGCUUAUAAGGGAGAUACAGAAUGCCCAUUACCCUGGUCUUGGAUGA